AAGUGUUAAGAAAAAUUUGUUUAAAUAAACAAUUUCAUCAAUGAAAACUCAAAAAAAUAUUUUUUUUCUACUAGUGACCGUCUUGAUAAUUCAAUUGGUCCAAUGCACUUGUAAUAACAAUUACUAUAAUGAAUUUGUGUCUAAACUACGAUUAAAAAGGGAUUCUACAAUAGAGCAGAAUUUUCAUUCAAAUAUGUCAUUACAUAGAAAUCUUCAUUAUUUACCGGAAAAUGCUAUAUAUUGCACAGAACCCAUCAAUUCUGAUACAGGACGAUAUGGAUUUUUACGCAAAUACUAUUCAGCAAUACAAGGAAAACCUGUUAGCUAUGACUAUACAUUAGAGUGCAUAUAUCCAAAAUCAUUAGAACUUCCUAGUUCGCGCGAAAAGAAACCAUUAACGGGAGUUGAAAAAUUCACCGGGGUCUUGCUAACGGAAGCAAAAAAUUUUAAAGAGCUUUUAGAAAAAGUCGAAAGAGGUGAAAAAACAGAACCGUAUAAAACUAUAGAUAUUGAUUUUUUGGCUGAUGACAUUUUUAAUGAUAUUUUAAAUGAAAUUAAUAAUCCAAAACAAGAUCCAUUAGAUAAUUUGGAAGGUUCUGCUCCAUAUGGUGUUAUUUGUGAACAUCUAAUUUUUAACGAAACAAAUGAGCAGGGUAUAGUGGUAGACAUUAAAAGGCCGAUAUGCUACCCGGCGUCAAGAUCAUCAUUGCCAACAACAACCACUUCACCAACAAUGACCAAAUAUCCAACAGUAACAACUGUAACUAAAAGUAGUGAUUCUAAAUUUGUUGAUAAAGCAUGUCAUAUUCUUUGUUAUACGGGUCUAAUAUAUCAAUUACUAUCAUGUUGCAAGUGAUGCUAUAAAGGGUAGAAAAUUAAAAAUAUAUAGAUAUUAAUAAAAAACUUGUCUUGAGAUAGAAA